AUGAAAAACGUUCAAGCAUCGUUGAGCCUUAAGCCAAACUCAAAGCCGAUAUUUCUAAAAGCCCGUACGUUGCCUUUUUCCAUCCGUAGUACUGUAGAACAAGAGAUAGAUUGCAUGGUGAAUAGUGGAAUUUUAACGAAGGUUAAUCAUAGCGCAUGGGCUACACCGGUAGUUCCUGUUAUAAAAUCUUUUGGUCGCGUCCGUUUGUGCGGCGAUUAUAAAGUUACGGUUAACAAACAUCUGAACAUUGACGAGCAUCCUCUUCCGAUAAUUGACGAACUAUUCGCGAAUAUGGCGGGCGGUCAGAAAUUUUCGAAGCUGGACCUAGCUCAGGCAUAUCUUCAAAUGGAAGUACGUCCAGAAGAUCGCGAGAUUCUUACAUUAAACACUCAUCUUGGUUUAUACCAACCUUCGCGACUUAUGUAUGGUGUAGCGUCAGCACUAGCUAUUUUUCAACGCGAGAUUACUCAGGUAUUAGGUAAUAUUCCGGGCGUGUCGGUUUUUCUAGAUGAUAUUAAGGUUACUGGCUCGGACGACGAAACUCAUUUGAGAAGACUGGAAAUGGUUUUGCAAAGGCUGGAUAAGUACGGUAUGCGGGUUAAUGUCUCCAAAUGCGAGUUUUUCGCCGAUCGGGACGAAGCAGGCCAUGGCCGGAUUCGGACGUCAAAAUUUUCGCUCGCGUGA